CGCCCUCCUCCUCCUCCUCCUGCAGCCGCCGCCCGGCGCCGCCAUGCCCGGCCCGGCCGCCGGCAGCCGGGCGCGGGUGUACGCGGAGGUGAACAGCCUGAGGAGCCGCGAGUACUGGGACUACGAGUCGCACGUCCCGAGCUGGGGCAAUCAGGACGACUACCAGCUGGUCCGAAAGCUCGGCCGAGGGAAGUACAGCGAGGUCUUUGAGGCCAUCAACAUCACCAACAACGAGAGGGUCGUCGUGAAGAUCCUCAAGCCAGUGAAGAAAAAGAAGAUAAAACGCGAGGUUAAGAUUCUGGAGAAUCUACGUGGUGGCACCAACAUCAUUAAUCUGAUUGACACUGUCAAGGAUCCAGUGUCAAAGACCCCUGCUCUGGUGUUUGAGUACAUCAAUAACACAGAUUUUAAGCAACUGUACCAGAUCCUGACAGACUUUGAUAUUCGGUUUUAUAUGUAUGAGCUGCUGAAGGCCCUGGAUUACUGUCACAGCAUGGGAAUCAUGCACAGGGAUGUCAAACCCCACAACGUCAUGAUAGACCACCAACAGAAAAAGCUGCGGCUCAUAGACUGGGGUCUGGCCGAAUUCUACCAUCCAGCUCAGGAAUACAAUGUCCGUGUGGCCUCCAGGUACUUCAAAGGACCAGAGCUCCUUGUGGACUACCAAAUGUAUGACUACAGCUUAGACAUGUGGAGUUUAGGCUGUAUGCUGGCAAGCAUGAUCUUCCGAAAGGAGCCCUUCUUCCACGGCCAGGACAAUUAUGACCAACUGGUUCGCAUCGCGAAGGUCCUGGGCACAGAUGAGCUCUAUGGGUAUCUCAAGAAGUACCACAUAGAACUGGACCCACACUUCAAUGACAUCCUGGGCCAGCAUUCCCGGAAGCGCUGGGAGAACUUCAUCCACAGCGAGAACAGACACCUGGUCAGUCCUGAAGUCCUCGACCUCCUGGACAAGCUCCUGCGAUAUGACCAUCAACAGAGGCUGACUGCCAAGGAGGCCAUGGAGCACCCCUAUUUUUAUCCAGUGGUGAAGGAGCAGUCCCAGCCCAGCUCAGAAAACGCUGUGCUCUCCAGUGGCAUGACAACAGCACGAUGAGGACUGGAAAACGACGGGUCCGAUGCUGUUGCUCCCAAUUUUCCAUAAGCAGAAUGAGAACCAAAUCAAACGUCCCAUCGGCGCGUGUAGAGCGACGGCGGGCGGACUGCGCGGCGCGGGCAGGGCUCGGAGCGGGCGGCGCGCCUGGGCCGGACGGCACUCGCCCCGCGGUGACCUCAGCCCUUCCCUCCAGGCCUUAAAGGUUCUCCUGCCUCUGGUUCCUUGUUGAGCUCUUCCUGACCCAGAAAGCAUGGAAAUGUGAAGGGUGUGCAAAGCAGUUGUUGGUUAGUUGUUCCUUCCUCUGUUCUGGCUGUUGCCCCCCCCAGCCCCUGAUGGACCACGGUUAGCCAGCUUGUGCCCGUCUCUGCCAGGACACGGGGGCUGCAGGGGGUGUAGUAUCAUGAUGGACAGUUCUAUACUAUAAUUAAAAGAAUUCUAUAUUGUUGAAUAAAAGUUUUGAAAGAAGCGUGCAAGGAGGAGUAUUCAGUGGGGAGGGAGCUGCAGAGUGCUGGCAGUGUGAGCUGUUUGCUGUGCCCUGCUGGGACAGGCUGGGCGAGGAGAGCAGGAGGAACUUGUUGUACAAAAUCACCGUGAGCAGAGGCAGAGGAGCCACUUGCCACCUUUGGGGGUGUUCCUCCUUUGGAGAUGUCUCUCCUUAGGCCCUACACUCUUAUGGAGGUGCCUGCCUGGGUGGUGGUCUGAGUGCUAAUGUUGAUACCUGCUUUUCCUGUCCCGGGAGGGCUUGAGCAUGGCUCUGUCUCUGUACCACUGGAGCUCCCAUCUCUUCCUCUUUCUUGGUCUGAGGCCCUCCUCCUUCCCAACACCAUCACUGCAAAGCCCUGAGCUUGGAGCUCCUGCCCGUGGGCCUCUGCAUUGCAGGAGUUCCCCUCAGAUGUGGUGCUUCACAGGCAGCUCUUGGGAGAGUCUGGCUGCAGUGCUGGUGGCUUGGCUAGGCUGGGCUCUGGUCUUAGAUGUUAAUGGACUGCUUGAAACUCUGGUCUAAAAGCCUCCAGCUGGAAUCUGCGUGACUGUACACGGUCAUUUCUCUUCUGUUGUCCCAUUCCUUCACUGCUCAUAUGUUUUUCCCUACACAGUUUUUCCUAUACUGAAGCUGCCCAGGCUAAGGGUACCUCUGAGGCAAGGCUUUUGCCUGGGAAGAGAGACCUGUUGCUGGUUCCCAGGGAGGGGAGUUCAGGUAAGGUGAGUCAUGGGCUCCUGCCAGCACAGAACCACAUGGAGCUGCUCUCACCCAGCCCUGGGCACUGGCCAAAGUGGAAACCCAGGAGUGAGUCCUUGCACAAAGCCUGUGAGGGGUACAGGUGGAAAUCUGUCCUGGUGUGUCACACCUGGAGAUGUGCAAAUGUGGGGCCAGAUGUGGACAUGGGCAUCAGGUAAGUUCAACCUAUUGAUGCUGUAAGGCAGAGCUUGGUUCAUUGCCAAGGCACGGUGUAAUGACAGCCCUGUUGUAUCGAGGACUCUGCUGAUCUCUGGUAAAGAAAGUCAUCAAGACUUUCUUUGGCUGGUGUAGAUCUGGCCAGUGGUGAGAGCCUGUCCCUGCAGGGAAGAGCCCUUGCCAGAGUCCACCUGAGGUUCACGGGCACUGGGCAGCAGUGCUGGGAGCUUGUGCUGAACUGAGAUCCCUGCAGCAUGGUGGCACAUCCAAGCACUGUUGCUGCUUCAUCCAUCCAUCCAUCUCCUGACACUGUUGGAUCAUGUUCCCCAUUCCCACCUGCUGCCUGCUGCAGCCCAUGUGCUCUCCAAGUCAUCAGCUUGUGUCCAAAAGAUGCUCCCAGUGACCCUUUUAACUGUGCUUUGUUAGAAAUAAAUUCUUUGCCUACCUG